AUGAAUUUUUUGGAUCAAAAUCCUAAUCCAAGUUUAUUUAUUGAAAUUUCUGAUGCAGAAACUAUUUACCCGAAGGAGAUUACCUCUUUGACAUUUUUACAAUCAAUUUCAUUGACUAACACUUAUCAAAUAUCAACUAAUGAACAAACUAAUGUCUUUUUGGGUCGAAAUAUCAGAAACUUUAUAAUACCAGGCUGGAAAGCCACUAUGGGAUUCCAACCGGAUUAUGAAACAGUACCUUACUUAACUUCUAGAAAAAGUUCAACAAGAACGCAAACUAAUCAAAAUGAAUCAAACAUUUUUACUCUUGGUAUUUUAGCAGAUUAUGAUACAACUACUAUUGAAACAGAACAAAGGUAA